AUGAUAUUUGUUAAAGGAUUAAUUGAUGACUUAAAUAAAUGGCUUUUAGCGCAAAAUAUGAAUGUCACGAAAAAUUGCUCCAUGUAUUUAUGUAUAACUAGAAGAGGAAUUACUAAAAAUAAAAAUGGCAACAUAUCUAUUGGAUUCAAAUUUCUUACUAUAUUAUUUCUUCUACUUUUUUUUUUUCUUUUAGAACAGGAAAAUCCAUCUAUUUCUUCAAUUAAAUUCAAUAAAGAUCACCUAAGGAUGAUAGCAGAGAGAAAUAAAGAAAAUUGGAAUGAUCGUUUACAAACAGAUGUAUUAUGGAAAAGACAUAAUAAAUAUAUUGAAGAUAUGGAAAGAGAAUUAGUAAAAUAUUUAUUGAAUAAAUGGGAAUAUCUUUGUAAAAAGUAUAAGAUAAAAUAUACCAUAUAUGGAAGAAUAUGGGAACAAGAAAAAUUCGAGUAUUUUCUUGAUAAAUUACAGGAAAUACAGAAUAUUUAUCAUAUAGUUGCUCAAGAAUAUGAGAAGUUUAAGAAGGGGCAUCCCACGGAUAAUGAACGCUCUAAAUUUUUUAAGAAUAAAAAAAAGGAGUUAAAUGAAUUUAAAUAUAGAAUGAAAAAUGAAUCUUUUAAGAAUUAUUUGAAUAAAUUCAAAGAAGAUUGUAAAAAAUAUGAAAAUGAAAAAAAAAAUAGUCAUGAAAAAAUAAAAAUCAAUAAAUGGUUUUGUACUGAGGAUGAAUAUUUGAAAGCUCUGAAACUUUCAUUAAUAGAUUAUAUGCUUCCAAAAUGGGAAGAAAUGUGUUAUAGUAGUAAUAUAAGGUGUUCUCUACAUGGACGAAUGUGGGAAGAAGAAAAAUUCAAGAACUGGUAUGAUAAAUUAAAUGAGGAUAUAAAAAAUUUUUAUAGUGUGAUUCAUAAAGAGAGAGAGAAGUUAAUGAAAAGUAAUUUUACGUAUCAAGAGUGGUUUAAUUUUUAUAAGUCAAAAAAAGAGGAAUGUUUUCAACUUAAAAAUAGCUUGUACAAUUGGACUAGUAAAUAUUUAGAAAGUUGUGAAAAAGAUAGAAAAAAAAUUAAGUCGAAAACAAAAAGUAAAGAAGCAAUAUUUAUAAUAAUUGAAUUGUUAAAAUAUGUAUUUAGAAGUUUUAAAAUGAAUUAA